AUAGUUUACCGCAGCGAAGUGAGUUCCACUGUAUAGACUUUUAGAACGGAGUGGAUGUUUAUAUGCAAGUAAUCGUAAAAAACAAGAUAAAUGCGAUCAAGAAUGAUAUGCAGAUGGGCAAGUUCAUGUAUUGUCUUAUUUGUUGGAUUGACAGUUGCAACAAAUGGUCGGGAUUCUUUUAAAAAUAGAGUCUAUUCCUCGCCCGAGAGAAUAUACAAACAUCUUUUUGAUAAUGGCCGAUACAGCAAGAAUAUCAUUCCGGGAGAAGAGACCAUAAAAGUUUCAUUCCAAAUUGGCCUUCAUUUUUUAGAAAAAAUUGAUGAGAAACGUGAUUUGCUGUAUGCAUUUGGAUGGGUAGAUAUGAUGUGGACGGAUCCUCGAUUGAAAUGGAAUGCAAGUGAAUUUGGCGACGUACAUAGUAUUGUUGUACUAGCAGAUAACGUUUGGAUACCUGAUAUCACGAUGUAUAACAGCCUUAAUACUAACAGCUUCUAUGACGAUGCUGAUGCUAGGGUGUUCCUGAACGACACGGGUGUUGUAGCAUAUUAUCCAGGCGUAUACUUCAGCACGUCAUGUGUAAUAGAUGUUACGUAUUUCCCAUUUGAUGAACAAAUAUGUUCUUUUGAUGUUGCAUCUAAGGCAUAUGACACAAGUAUAAUCGACCUUGUGUCUGAACCGUUUGCAAAGGCCGCCGACUUGGAGAAUUAUCACGAAAAUCAUGAAUGGCAUAUCACCGAAAUGUGGGUUGUUAAUCGAAACACCACAUAUAUCGAUCAUAGUACAAAGAAACUUAAAAAUGUUCUGGUGACGAAACUACAUAUGAAGAGACAACCUAUGUACUACUCAGUAAAUGUAAUGUUGCCGUGCAUACUCUUCAGCCUGCUAAGCGUCGCUGUGUUCUUUCUUCCUGUUGAAUCAGGCGAAAAGAUAUCACUUGGUAUCGCACUUGUUCUGUCCUGCUUGGUUUUUCUCCUAAUGGUGGUUGACAUGAUACCCCCAAGAUCAGAUAAAAUACCACUCUUAGGUGUAUAUCUGACCACAAUGUUGGGGCUUACAACAUCCUGUGUACUGUGCACGACAUGGAUACUAACAAUGCAUCUGAAUAUGCAUACCCCAUCCCGAUGGAUGCUAAACAUAACAAACUGUAUCGCAAAGAUUGUUUGUAUGAAACGAAAACCACCGCAAGAUAAAUCAGUCAUACUUGGAUUUCCUGGGAUGUGUAUUUGUUCAAAAGGUAUAGGGAAUACCAAUGGAUGUAAUCGUUUGGCAAGGAAUUAUACCUGGUCAGAAAAGGUGUAUCUGUACUUAUUUGAGGAUAAUGGAUAUGUGAAAAACAUAUAUCCAAGUACAAGUGGUCCAACAGUUGUAUCCUUCAGAUUUGGAAUACAUCAGCUUGAAGACAUAGAUGAGAGGAACCAGCUUAUGAAAGGUAUAGGUUAUGCAGAUAUGAUGUGGAAAGACAGUCGUCUACAAUGGAAUAAAAGCGAGUUCGGAAAUAUUGAUAGCAUUGUUGUUCCAUCUGAAUUGCUAUGGGUACCCGAUAUAGCAUUAUCCAAUAGUCCAUAUGUGAACAGCUUCCAGCACACCUCUGACAGUCGGGCGCAUAUUUCAUCCAGUGGGAUGGUUGCCUAUUUUCCUGGGAUACACUUUACUACCAAUUGUCCAGUUGAUGUUACGUAUUUUCCAUUUGAUGAACAAACAUGUUGGCUAUCGGCCGGAACGUGGACAUACGGAAGCGAUAUGGUCGAAUUAACGUCUGAGCCGUUUACCGGAGAUGAAGCAGUGGAUCUUCGUGAUUUUGUUAUCAAUGAGGAAUGGGAUCUGACAAAUGCCACGGUAGAACUUGAUUCAUACAGCUAUUUCUGGCAGUUGAGCGGUGGCGACAUCACUUUCAGUGAAUCAAUUACGUAUAUACACAUAAAAAGGCGACCUCUAUAUUACACAGUGAAUGUUUUGGUGCCGUGUAUUCUCAUGAGUAUAUUGAGUGUAUCGGUUUUCUCCUUGCCAGCAGGAUCGGGAGAAAAGAUCUCCCUCGGGAUCACUGUGCUCCUUUCCUAUUUGGUCUUCCUUCUCAUGCUAGUUGACAGGAUGCCUUCAAGAUCAGAUGUAGUUCCUCUGUUAGGGAUUUACCUCUCUGUGAUGAUGGGUAUGACCGUUUCAUCCAUACUUGCAACCAUAUGUGUUCUGAACUUACAUCACCACCCUGGAGAGCCUCCUAUAUGGGUACAAACCACUGCAAAAUGCUUGGCAAAAUUAAUGUGUAUGAGUCACACCACAAAUGAUAAGACGCAAACACGGCGUACAAGUAAAUAUUUAGCCAAAAAUAUCCACGAUGUUGCAUUGGCUAAUCACAGAAAUACUGAUGUCGACAACAACCCUGUCAAUGCGGGAGAUUUUGGUCAUAUUGAUAUCAUUGAUCAAAUCAACUCCGCUGAAAAGGCAAGGAAUCAAAAUUGCGUUUCAACCAGUGCAUCGGAUAAAUAUGGGGAAAGUGGCCCUGAUAUGACAACGUUCAGUGAAAGAUGUAACACCGCGAAUAAUUACAGCUGGAAACUUGUGGCCAGAGUGUUGGACAGAUUGCUUUUGUUUGUGUAUAUUCUUGUUUUGGGCUUGUUGUUGUUGACGUUAUUGUAUAUUAUUCCUUAUAUAACAAGGCCUUUUCCUCAGCAAAACACUGAUGAAGAAGAAUAGAAACUGUCAUGAAAAUGAAUAGAAAUGCUGUUUGAAAAGACAUGUGUACAUGAAAAGGCCAAGUAUGUUUUAUUAUCCUAUGACAACUGAGGUUUCAGGUACAUAACAGCAGGAUAUAAAAUCGAUAUCUUGGGAGGAGCGGGACAUAUAUAUAUAUGUCCCGCUGUAUAUCUCCCGCACCAAUAUUCCCGGGAAAA